UUUUUUGCGCACAAUAUGAUUAAGUAUAAAGUUUUUUUACAUCAUAAUAACAGAUUAUAUACUUCAAUUAAAAAUGAAAACUGUUUUCAUAUACUAAAACAGUUUUAUUCUACAAGAAAAAAUAACAAUCAAAAUUUGUUUGAUAUAUACAAAAAAAACCCAAGCUGGUUAGGUGUAUAUAAAAGACACCCUAUUUUAAAAGAAAAGAUUGAUCAGAGUGCUAUAAGAGAAAAGUUUUUGCUUGAAAAAAAAAAGGAAAUAAAAUUAAAUUUAUCAUCACAUAUAGAUCCACUAAAUGCUAAAUGGACACCAGAGUCAAUUCGAGUUGGUGCUCUAGGAAUAAAAUUGGGUGUAUCAGUUUUAUGGACCAAAAAUGGGUUUUGUCACAUGGUGACCCUAGUUCAAAUAAAAGAUUGUCAAGUGAUUGAUACACAAAUAUCAUGUGAAGAUGGUGGCAACGAUGGCAUCACACAAAUGCUUCUUGGUUGCUGUGAUAUUACUGAUGAUAAUGUCCUUGCAAAAUUACCUCGUGACCAUGUUCUAUGGUAUGAUCAACGAAACUUGUUUCCAAAACAAUACUGGACUGGUUUUCCUGUUACUAAAAAUGCACUGCUUUUUCCAGGUACAAAGAUAACCUCGUUGCACUUUCAACCCGGUCAACAUGUAGUUGUUCAAGGAAUUAGUAUUGACAAAGGAUUUCAAGGUGUAAUGAGAAGAUGGGGAAUGAAAGGGCAACCUCAGUCACAUGGUCAAACAUUAACGCACAGGAAAAUGGGAGGAACUGGUGGUGGUCAGGAUCCUGGUCGCAUAUUUCCUGGUAAGCAUAUGGCUGGUCAUGUUGGAAGAGAUUAUGCUACAGUUGGACCACUUAGGAUUUUACGAAUUAAUACCAAGUUUAAUGUUUUGUAUAUACGAGGUGGAAUCCCUGGAGAAAUUGGUGGUUUUUUAAAAAUCAAGGAUUCUCCAUACAACAAAUUUCCAAAAGAUCCAGUGUUUCCAACUCAUUUUGAUGAUUCUCUACCAUUAGAUGAAGAUUUAUAUGCAGAAGAUGUUUUUUCCGAUAUGCAAAGUUCUCUUACAUUUCCUUCAAAUGUUUGAAACUAUUGCUUUGAAUAUUGCAUUUUUGUUACAGAAUGUUUGAAACCAAUAUUUUUAAAAUAAAA